AUGAAGUCCCUCUACCUCUUCCUCACGUUAGUCACCCUCUCCUCCGCCAGAACCUUCCCCAAUGGCCGCAUCAUGAACGGGUACGAGGCCACUCCGGGUCAGUUCCCGCACCAGGCACUGCUGAACCUGUUCGCCCAAGGCAACACGCUGAUCUGCGGUGGAUCGCUGCUGUCCCACCGGUACGUCCUCACGAUCGCCCAGUGUCUGGUCCAGGCCGAGGAUGGGUUCGUCCUGUUGGGUGCCCACAAUCGACUCACGGAGGAGGCUCACCAGGUGCGGGUGGACGUUACGGCCGCGGACUUUGUGGUUCACGAGGGAUUCUUCCCGAUUUCGAUGCGGAACGAUAUUGGACUGGUGCGAUUGCCGGUUGAAGUCGCGUUCUCCGGGUAUGUUCAACCGGUGAAGUUGCCUCGUUGGUCGGAUGGGGACUUUGCUGGGGCGGUGGGGACCAUUGCGGGGUGGGGAACCACGGAGGAGCCGGCGACGGACUUUUCCGACGUGCUGAACUACGUGACCAAUCCGAUCUACAGCAAUGAACAGUGCCAGGCCGUGUUCUGGAUGCCGAUGCUGAUCGAAGAGGAGAACGUCUGUAUGUCCGGACAGGGUGGCAGGUCGGCUUGUAUUGGAGAUUUUGGAGGAGCUGUUACGGUGCAGGAUGGUGGGGACGUGAUUCAGAUCGGGGUGUUCUCGUUUGGACCGGCGUCGCACUGUUUGGACGGAAUUCCGAUCGUUUGCUCCAGGGUGAGCCACUACCUGGGGUGGAUCCAAGCGAAUUCGGAUGUGAUCAUUGAAGCUUGAAAAUGAAUAAA